CGCCUGGUGUCGGUGCUCACGUCGCUGCCGCGGCGGUUCAACCUGUACUUUCAGCGCAGAAAUUAUCGCGUGACGCUUUGGCGCGCCAUCAGCGCGUACUUUGGGUUCUAUCUCGCAAACGUCAUGACGCUGAGCUUCGGGGCCAUAGGGAUCAACGACGUCGUCGCGGGAGCGCUGAGCGUGGCGUUUUUUGAGGUGGUGACGCGGAUUUAUUACGCGAGCGCCGAGACGAACAAAUGGCUCGAAUUUCUCAACUGGUUCAAGGUCGGGUACUGUUACUCCCUGAUCGCCGACGCGUUCAAACUCGGGUCGUGA